AUGGAUCCCGUUCCACCUAAAGUUAUAGUUGAUAUUCCUAAAUUCACAGUCGUUGGAAUUAGCAGAAGAGUGCAUUUUGCAAGCGAGGCCAAUCCUGAGACAAAUGUCUAUAUCAAAACAUUUAAAGAAUAUUUUGAUAAGAAGAUCGCAGAAACAAUCCCUAAUCGUGCAAUCCCAGGAAGAACCUAUUGUCUUUAUUACGAUUUUAAGGAUGUUUAAGAUAAAUCGAUAUUUACGUUAUCAAUAUUGGUUGGCGAAUUGGUCACCGCAGUCGACCAGAUUCCUGAAGGAUUGUAAGCUUUUGAGGUCCAAGAUGCCACCUAUGCUUAGUUCAAGGGAGGUCCAGGGGCCAUCCCAGAGGCUGCAAGGGAUACAUGGAUGAAGUUGUAUCUUAUCAAGUUGGAUGAGUGGGGAUACAAGAGAAGCUACAAAACCGAAUUCGAGUUGUAUCGGGAAGGAUAGAAUGAUAUCGGAAAUAUGGAAGUUGAAUUGCACGUUGGAAUAUAACAGAUUUGA